AUGAAGUUCGUCGGCGCUACUUUCGUUAUCUCUUCCCUUCUUGUUGCAUCCGUGUCUGGUGCACCAGCUCAGCUGGUCAGGCGCGGGGUCGACCCCAACCUGGUACCCCAGUUUGGUAUCCAAGCAGGAAUAAAUCCCACCGGAACUGGUGAUUGUGAUGGAAUCACAAAUGCGGCUGGACAAGUCGUCAAAAUCCCAUGCUCCUGUCCUCCUGACCGUGGUUCCUUUAUCGCGUCCUUGAGCGGCAAUGUUGCCGCUGGACAAGUUGUCAACAAUCCAAGUGUCAAGGUGUCAUUCCCCACCGACAACUCCAAGGCCUCGCAAUUGGCACGUAUUCAGACGGCUAUCGUUACCCUUCAGAACCUCAGGGGUCCCGGUGUUGGUUGUCCCGCUGCGUCCACUACCUUCCUUGCUCAGCAGAAGGCCAUCGCUGCUGGGCCUGAUACCGGGUCACCCGCACCAGCGCCAGCACCUGCGUCUCCCGCACCAGCACCUGAGUCACCAGCAUCGGCACCAGCAUCCCCAGCACCUGCGCCCGCUGGUGGUGUUGAUCCCAACCUGGUCCCCCAAUUUGGCCUCCAAGCAGGGUUAAAUCCUACCGGGACCGGUGACUGUGACGGAAUCAAAAACGCGGCUGGACAAGUCGUCAAGAUCCCAUGCUUCUGCCCUCCUGAUCGCAACUCCUUCAUUGCUUCCCUGAGUGCCAACGUAGCCGCUGGGCAUGCCGUCAAUAACCCAGGCGUCGCAGUUUCGUUCCCCACUGACAACUCGAAGGCCUCGAAGUUAGCACGCAUUCAAGCAGCCCUCGUCACUCUCCAGAACCUUAGAGGUCCUGGUGUUGGCUGCCCCGCCGCUUCCACUACCUUUGUUGCCCAACAACAAGCCAUUGCAGCUGGGAAUUAGUUACGCCCUUUUCGCCUUCACUCGUUUCUUAGGGAUAUAGAGUAUUCGUUCAAUGUACUUCUUCAACCUGGG